GCUACUCUCCUUGCUGAGCUUGACACUGUGCGGUUUCGUCCAGGUACGCAUCCUCGCUGUGGGAAGGAGAGGACGUUAAUAAAUAGGCUGCGGGGAGAGAGAAGAGAAGGCUUUGGACAUUUUUGCGUCUUUUCUUCUUCAUUUCCUUUUUUAAACGCAGACGCCAUCGCCAUGAAGACGCUGCUUUUGGCUGCCCUGCUCGGGGCGGUGCUGGUGUCCGCGGCCCAGGGCACCGACGGCGAGAUGUCGUUCGAGUAUCACCGCUACGACGAGCUGCGGAAGGCGCUGGUGUCGGUGUGGCUGCAAUGUCCCACUGUCACCCGCAUCUACACCAUCGGGGAGAGCUUCGAGGGCCGGGAGAUGCUGGUUCUGGAGAUGUCCGACAACCCUGGCACGCACGAGCCAGGUGAGCCGGAGGUGAAGUACAUCGCCAACAUGCACGGCAACGAGGCGGUGGGCAGAGAGCUGCUCAUCUACCUGGCGCAGUACCUGUGCAACCAGUACCAGCAGGGCAACGAGACCAUCGUGGACCUCGUACACAACACGCGCAUCCACCUCAUGCCCUCCAUGAACCCCGACGGCUUUGAGAAAGCCGCCUCGCAGCCCGGAGAGAUCAAGGACUGGUUUGUGGGCCGCACCAACGCCCAGGGAGUGGACCUCAAUCGCAAUUUCCCUGAUCUGGACAGAAUUAUCUACCUCAACGAGCGGGAGGGCGGAGCUAACAACCACCUGCUGCAAAACAUGAAGAAAUCUGUGGAGGAAAACACUAAGCUGGCGCCAGAGACCAAGGCAGUGAUCCACUGGAUCAUGGACAUCCCCUUCGUCCUCUCUGCUAACCUCCAUGGUGGAGAUGUGGUGGCCAACUACCCGUAUGAUGAGACCCGCACUGGCUCCGCCCACGAGUACAGCGCCAGCCCUGACGAUGCGAUGUUCAAGUCCCUGGCGAAGGCCUACUCCGUUUACAACCCCGUCAUGUCCGACCCUCGGCGAGCGCCCUGCCGCAAGAACGACGACGACUCCAGCUUCACGGACGGCAUCACCAAUGGAGGGGCCUGGUACAGCGUGCCAGGAGGCAUGCAGGACUUCAACUAUCUCAGCAGCAACUGCUUCGAGAUCACGCUGGAGCUCAGCUGCGACAAAUUCCCCAGCGAGGACUUGCUCAAGAGCUACUGGGAGCAGAACCGCAACUCGCUGGUCAACUACAUCCAGCAGGUUCAUCGCGGCGUGAAGGGCUUUGUGCGAGACCUGCAGGGCAACGCCAUCACCAACGCCACCAUAUCCGUGGAGGGAAUUGACCAUGACAUCACCACAGCCAAAGACGGCGACUACUGGCGUCUGCUGCCUCCCGGGAACUACAAGGUGGCCGCCUCCGCUGCGGGAUACUUGACCGUCAUCAAGAAGGUGGCGGUUCCUCACAGCCCCGCCACCAGGGUGGACUUUGAGCUGGAGUCUCUGAUGGAGAGGAAGGAGGAGGAGAGGGAGGAGCUGAUGGACUGGUGGAAGAUGAUGUCGGAGACGCUCAACUUCUAAGCACGUCCUUCCCCCCGCCCCCUCGCUGUCUUUUUGUGUCUUUUCAUUCCUCCCUCCCUCCUCAAGUCUUUCUCUCCUUCCCUUCUUCGACGUGACCUCCAGUAUCCUGCACACCGAUGGACACAGGAAGUAGUUUGUUUUUCUUUUCUAGUGUCGGCUACUGUACUGUACUUGGUUGUUUUAGUGUGACUUGUAACCGUGGCAACCACCCCUAUAACCCAUAAGAGGCUCCUCCCUUUGUUGCGCACACACGAUAGAAAAGAACACAAUGAGAUUGAAGAAAAAAAGCGCUUUGAGCACGGUGGCAUACACUAUAUUCUCUUGUAUCUAGCAACUUCAACAUGAACGCACAAACACACACCCCCUUAUUUUUAACGUGAAUGGACGCAAAAUAUUGUAAUGGUGCGUGUGUGUGCAUCUCGGCCACAGAGAGGAGAGUUACUGAAUGUAUCGCUGUUAAAUAACGUACUUGUCCAAGAUUCAAAACAAUAAAACUUCCUCUUUAUGUUGUCAAA